AUGUUUUCCGGAGAGGGUGCUUCACAAAUCCGCAUAGCUCCCGAAGAUAAACCAAUCCAAUGGUGCUACCAAAUUCUAAAGUCGCGUGACUUCAAGAGCGCUCGAUAUAUCACUCAAAUGAAUUUGAAGUUAAGCAAGACACGUCAUGAUGAGUAUGAGAAAGGCCUAGCCAUUUGUGACAUCCUGAUCGCCGCAGAGAACCGGCUUCCCAACGGGUUGUUGGAUUGCUACGGCAUGAUCCGGAUGACCAGACCUGGACUAGUUUUAUAUCAGAACAUCGAGAAGGAAUUGAAUCUUUUGGGAUGGGGAAACAUUAGUAACCCUUUCCCAUUUAGACAAGAAGCUUCUGAAAAGUUCUUCUUUGCUUGGUCGCUUCUGUCCAAUCCAACCAUUAAGGAGAUGUACGAUUACGCUACCUCGGAUGAGGUAAACCUUGAACCCCAAGGAAAUGUCAAUGAAUACAUGGAUGUAGACAGCAGCAGCCAAAGCGGUUAUGGAUUAGGUAGUGUCCUUUGUUCUGAUUUGCCUGGAUCAGAGUACUUGAAAGAGUUUGCGGAUGUGUAUCCCUUGCCGCUGGCGGAGAAAGGACAGGCUCCGCACAAUCGGUUUGGAUGGUAUGACCAUAAUGUUGGUCCUGAAACUAACAAUAAUGUGGUAGUUACUUAUGAGGACGCUAAAGAGGAGGAGUGUGACAUGAGCUCUAGUAGCGAACUGCGCAUAAUUAAUGGAAGGAGAGUGAAAAUUACCAUUGAAGAAGCAGCAGAAACAAGUGAUACUCCUAGUUGCUCAAGAUGA